CUGCGGAAUCUUGUAUUUUACGGAAGGCCACUCACUGCUGAGUACAGUGGCGUGGAAGGCAGCUGUAGUAUAGGAGGACUGAUAACCAGUCUCUGCAGUUGCUCGAUGGCGACUGAGAGAGUGGGCUAGUGCGUGUGAUUAUAACCGAGUUUUGAGACGGCUAAAAACCCGAUUACUAUCUCAAGGAGGACUGGUAACUCGUUGCUCGAUGGCUACUGCGAGAGUGGGCGCGUGCGAAAUUGCUACCGAUCGCAGCGAGGCGAAUGCUGACGAAGCUGACGGAGCCCUGCCAUUGCCUGAGGUCCACGUGGCAGCUGAGGGUGAUUCAUUUCCUUCGAAAACAUCAGAUCGUGAUGAUAACGGGGGCUCAGGCGAGAGUGACUCAGUGGGGGGCGAGGGAAGGGAGGUUGGGGUAACGGCAGAGGGAGGGAGUGAGAGGACGGAGGAGGGAGGAACGGCAAUGGGGGGAAGUGAGAGGACAGAGGAGGGGCGAACCCCGGCAUUGGACGAGCUGAGGGCGCGCGUGGGCCGUCGGAUGGCGAAGAAGAUCAAGAAGAAUGUGGCGGCGGGGAAGGGCACGAUGAAGGAUUACUACGACGUGUACGGCCCGGAGGCGAGGGCGGAGGUGGUGCUUCGCCCCCUUGCUUCCAGGGGCCAGGACAAGCAGCCCAAGCCACUUAGCUUCAUUGAUGUGCAGGAUUUGAUUCUGUGGGUGCUCACAGGAGAAGUAAACCCCCAGUGGGUCUUUCUUAAGAACAAGCCCCUCGUGUCAAGGGUGGUGCUGCUGGUCGUGCCGGGAAUCGACAGUCAUACCUUCCACUCUCGAAAAGACCUCUUCCCGAACCUGCACCGCUGCUUUGGUGGCAAGUCUCUGCCAUUGAAAGCCGUUAGCCCAUCAGCCACCGUAUCUGAUACACUGAAGGCCCUGUUCUCCCGGCCGAUUUCUGCUCCCAAGAAAUGCGCCAGCUCAUCGCCUGCCACGUCAGCAAGCACGAAGGGCAAGGCUGCAGCGGGUGUGAAAUUAGGCGGGAGCGAUAAAGCCCGGCAGCAGGGAACAAGGAGGGAGCAAAAGGAAGGGGAAGGGAAACGGAAGAAUGAGGAAGAGGAGGAAGAGAUUGGGGAGGAGGAAAAGGAGGAGGGUGAGGUAGCUGAGUGUGAGAGUGAGGGAGGAGGAGGAGAAGGGGAAGAAGGGGAGGUGGGGAUGGAGAAGAAGGGCCAGGAAGGUAGAGACAGGAGGGAGGGCGGGAGGAAGAGAAAGGCAGAGGCGUUGGGAGAGGGGGGAGCAGGAGAGGGGAUCGAAGGGGAUGGGGAUGGUAGAAAGAGCAAGGCAAUGAAGAUAAGCAGGGAGGGGGAGAAGGGAUUAUGUGCUGAAGAGGACACCAGACACACAGUGGCGCCAGUGCUCCCCUCCUCCUCACUCCCCCUCUCCUCCACCUUCUCCCCCUCCUCCCCUUCCUCCUCAAUCCCCUUCAAGUCCAAGCCCCCCCUUCUUCCGGAGCGCUACCUGUUGACGUGGCGCCAGCUGAAAGAGAACAAUUUUCCCCUGCCCGUGACAGAGGGCAAGAGGGAACAAGAGGAGAAUGCUGGGAAAGAUGGGCAAGCUCACGCUCACGCCAAGGGUGGUGCAUCAAUGGGUGGUGGCGUUUCACUCACUGACGGCUCUGCUGUUCCUCCUCCAGGAUAUGUGAUGACGCGUCCAAAAGGCAGGCUGAAGAGGGGGAAGGAGGCAGGGAAGAAAGCCAAGGAGGGGCAAUCGGAGUACCAUCGCAUGGUGGCUGUUGACUGCGAGAUGUGCAAUACUCACAGGGGUCUGGAACUCACCCGACUCACCCUGCUGGACGCUCAUGGCAAGGUUUUGCUGGAUGAGCUCGUGAAACCCGACAACCCGAUCACUAACUACAACACGCAAUUCUCCGGCAUAACUCCCCAAAUGCUGGCCAAUGUCACUACUACUCUGCAACAAGCACAGGAGCACUUUCUGAAUAUCGUGAGCGCCGAGACGAUCCUGGUCGGCCAUUCGGCAGAGAGCGAUUUGCACGCAAUCCGGGCCGUUCAUCUGCGUGUGAUCGACACGUCGCUGCUCUUCCCCCACCCGCGCGGCCCCCCUUUCAAGUGCGCCCUGCGCUUCCUUGCUGCUGACUACCUAGGGCGGACCAUUCAGGCGGGAUGGGGGAGGGGGAACGGUGUAGGUAGAGGGGAUUUUACUGCUGCUAGUGGUGCUGCUAAUGUCGGUGCUGCUAAUGGUGGUGCUGCUGCUGCUGCCGAUGGUGUGGCUGUUGGUUCUAUGGUGGGAAAUGCUGCUGGUGCUCCUGCUGGUUACCGCAGGGGUAACACCUGGUGCCGUAACGGCAGUGACUUGCAAAACGCUGCAGCACCUGCAACAACAAGAGCACCACAGGCAGCGCCAGCAGCAGCAGCAGCGGCAGCAGCAAGUGAGGCAGUUGGAGCAGAUGGAGCAGGAGCACAGGCAGCACAGGCAGCACAGGCAGCAGUAACAGCAGUGGCAGCAUCCGAAGCAGACAGUGUGGGGCAUGACAGCAUCGAGGAUGCCAGGGCUGCCCUUGACCUCGCCCUGCUGAAGAUACAACAUGGCCCUCACUUUGGUCUGCCCCGGCGCUCCUCCAAGCUUCCCGUCGAGAACAUUCUCACCCGCCUCUCCACGUCCGGGCGGCACUGCACAGUGGUGCUGCACUCAGAACGUGCCAAAGCGGACCUGUUUCUGGGCGGCAACGCGAAUUCCACCUCAGAGAUACUGUGCCUGAAGCACGGGGAUCUGGGCAAGGUCGCCAGCAGAGAGGUGAGAGGAGGGAUUCUGAGGUGUUCUUAGGCGCCUCUGACUUCAAUGCGAAUGCCACCUCGGAG